AUGGUCACCACCAUGCGCGUUGUCACAAUCAUACUGGUCCUUCAACUCUUCAUCGCGCUGGGCCAUGGUAUGCCUAAGGGAUUGAAAGGGAAGAAAGGGAACUCAGCGAAAUUGUCACAAAGUUCCAAAGCCGACACACAGCGGCCACAGCGCGAGGCUGCAAGUCGGACACGGAUUCCUUCCUUCCCGCCGUCACAUUGGGUAAACCCUUAUAGAAAUUGUAAUGCGGAGAAGACAGAAAUAAUUGACACUUGGAUAAUGGACGCGUUUAACAUGACAUUCGAAGCUGAGCAUAUGACACGAGAUCAUCCUGUCUUCAAGUGUUUCUUUUUCCGCGACAACUUUCCUACAUUUGAAAAGAUGAUUCGAUCACUCAACAGUGCGAGCUUGGGUUCGUACAGGGGGCUAAAAUAUGAAUUUCAAUGUGCUCAACAAUGCCCACCCAA